CGCCCAUCCAGACUUCAAAUUCCCAUCCACUCACAUCAUGAAACUCUUCCCUCGGAUAUAUGUGAUCAACGCCUGUCCCAGGAUCGCUUCGGAACUAUCCUCAAAAGAAUGGCAAUCAGAUCCGGCCGGUCUGUUCCAGAACGUCAGAAGGCCAUCCUACUGGCCAUGAUGCUUGUUGACUACCUGCUCACCAUGCUUUAGCGAGCGCACCGCUGUACCAUGUAUCUGCCGCCCAGGGCUCCAGAGACCCUCGUGAGACCCUUGUGAGGCGUAGGCUUUACGAUUGAAAGAUCGGCAGCGAUGCAUAUCAAUGCAGGUAGGUGGCAUGGUUCAAAAACUACUGUGACGAUUGCGUCUCAAAAAACACUGCUCUUUGUUCUCUUCGCAAGUAUCGCCAUGGCGUGCAUUACUGGUUGCUGCUGACUUCUGCUGUCUUCAAUCAAACAUCGUGUGCCCGCAUAGCAAGACUUCAUUGCAGAGAGGAGGUUGACAGGGAAUCGCAAAUCCUAAUCAGGUUUUGAAGCAUUGGUGUUGAGACAAUGAAGCCUGUUACGAUUUUCGUGGUUGUACCAUGUCUACUACCCGUGGUCGCGGCGCAAAAUGAUGACCUGUUGAGUAUCUUUGUCUCCGAGGCAUACUCAGUCUAUACGGAGGUCACUCAAAUACUAUCCUCCGUCGCCUCGGCAGCCUCCCAAGGUACAACAGACUCUUCCUCAACAGUCGAAGCCUCAACAACAUCCGAGUCACCGACUACAACCGCAACGAACACUCCAUCAACAAGCUCAGCUACUUCUGUGGUCUCGUCCUCGACCUCGUCUUCAGCCUCGACGUCAACUCUACAUUCGAGCUCUGCGACUUCUUCACACAUAUCUUCAAUAACUGCUACGUCUCUGUCACCGUCGGCUUUGGGGACAUCUUCAGUAGUGGGAGUGACGGCCGAGACGAGCACGCCGCUGUCAAGAGGAUCCGGAACGAACCACGACCACAAGUUAGCAAUUAUCCUAGGCACGGUGCUGGGCGCUCUUGCUGUUGGGCUGUUCAUCUUGGCUGUACUGCUAUGCCGGAGACGUCGGCGUGGCGAGUUGCCACGUCAUCGUGCACUCUCCCCCGGCGACGACGAAGUUGAAAGCUGGAGACUGAACCGGCAGUCAGACAUUCCCGAGAGCAAGAACUCUUCGCAUCAUGCGCUGGGUGCCUCUGGCUCUGCACCUCUCAUGUCGGAGCAUCCAGCCUUCCGCAAUUAUGAUGAUCUUGAGAAUCCUUUCGUGCCCGUCCCACCUGCACCCAGGAGGACUGCACCGAACUCUCGAGCCGGUCUGACCGAUGGAAUGGUUCCGGGCGAUGAGCCUUUUCUGAAUGAGAAAGAGGUAGCAGUCGCCAGACCGACAAGCUGGCCCAAAGGCUUCACAUCCAGCGCUACACCUAUUACAUUCAAGAAGGACGCGGGUGCCGCAGGUGUAGCUGGAGCUGCCGUCGGGGCAGGCUUGAUGCAUCAUGACCACAACAAGAAGAACCACAAAAGGGUCGAGAACAGUCCCCGCGGCGAGAAAACCGCCGAGCCUCAAGUUCCUCGCCAGAUCCAUAGAAAACCAGUCCCGGUCAACUAUGUGAACAACAGUGAAGCAUGGCCCUAUUCGCCAGUGUCCCCUGUUGACCCUGCCGCCGAAGCAGCUGCUUUACCUAAGUUUCCUGCACGGAAUAGUGGUGAAAGCCAGCGUAGCUUUGGUCGGGACGCCGCCAGGGCCAAUGCAACUUUCGACCAGGAAUACGCGCCCGCUGGCUCUGGGCAUGGCCACCACCGAAGCCUGGACGCGGCCGAACUUGCAGCAGGGGCCGCUGCCGGCGUAGCUCUCGCACACCAGCACGACCGUCAUCAAUCGGGAAGGCGAAGCAGCGAGCAUACCCAGCCCCGCAGCCAGAGUCCUAAAGACCAGUCGUCAACAAGGCAGCGCAAAGACUCUAACCAGUCCGCGUCGUCGGCACAUUCAAACAACCGCAAUUCCUACAGCGACGACCUCCCGACCAAUCCCUACCACGAUGUCCUUGCUGUCGAACCCCCUUUGGCUGACGAACCGGAGCAACCACUCAUCCGUGGUCAGCACGAUUCACAACCACAACAAGCCUUUUCCGCUUUACCCCCUGCCCCGCCCGCCCGCAGCCCUCGGCGCGACAGCGGUCCGGGCACUGUCGCUCCGAUGUUCAACAAUCCCAACCGCCCGGCCGUUCCCAGCCCAUUGUCCAGCGAAAUCCGACCCGAGUCACUACGCAAGGCCCGAGGCGUGAACGCUUUACCAAGCCGCCGCUCCCGCACCCGCAGUGGCGGCAGCCCUAGCAACAGCCGUAACCGAUAUAGCUUCGAAUACGACGAUACUCCAUUUGAUACCUACCCCCCAGGGGCUGGGGCAGACCACUACGGCUCCUUCGCAGCCCAGAACUCGAUGCCCGACAAGAGCGUAGUCGGCGAUAACGGCUACCCGCACAUGAAUGUCCCUCGGCGUGAGAGCGGACAGUAUGAGGUUGACUACGAUCCGCCAAAAGCAGCGCGAAGGGAUAGCACGCCGACGCCCCCGCCGUUACCGAGGGUGAAUAACACGAGUUCGUUGAUGUCCUUGGACGGCGCGGACUUUGCCCCUGCAUUUGACCACCCGCACGACUUUGACUCGAAUUGGAGGAUGAGUUCUGGGAUGCCGAGUGGCUGGCAGAGGCAGAAACAGGGACAGAGACGGAGUUCGAGCCCAAGGAACAGUGGCAAUUAUAUGCGUGAUUCGGGGAUCGGAGGAAUUGGAGGAAGCGGCGGUCCGAAAGAAGCGAGAAGGCUGAGGGCAAGUGAUCUCGCGGGAGGAGACAGAUAUCCGCAAAUGGGACUUGGCCAGGCGCUGUGA